AUGGCCAAGGAAGCUGUUUAUGAACUCCCUGCCUGUCCUGUCACAACCAUGGAGACCGUCUGUGCACUGUCUGCCCAUCCUGUUAUGGCCUCAGAGGCUGCUGUUAACCUCUCAGUGCUUUCUAUUUCAGUCCCACCCAGAUCCACCAUGGUGGUCUCCUGCCUCGUUUGCUCUGCUGUGGUGGCCUUCAGCUCCACCUGCACCACCCUGGUGGUCUUCAGCUUCGUCUGCUCCACCUUGAUGGCCUUCAGCUCCACCUGCACCACCCUGGUGGUCUUCAGCUUCUUCUUCACAUAUGAACAUGAAUGCCCAGACACAGAAGAGAAACAUGGAAAAAAACAAGGACACUCUGAUUCAGUCCAGAUGAAAAAUGACCAGACUGGAGUCAGCCAGGAUAUAAAAGCUGAAACACGUGCAAGUGUAUAUGCUCCUUUAUUGGCUCGAAACAUCAUCAGUGGAACAAUAAACUUUUAUGGCUCAAAUCCUGCAGGAAAUGAGACAGCAGAGGAACAGAGAGAAAAUCAAGUUUUGAGGCUGCAAAAAUUCUUGGAAACUCACAAAACCAACAUGAAGAAGAAAGUAGAACGUAUUUUUGAGUGCAAGAAAGAAAAUGAAGCACAUCUCGAGGCUGUUUACACAGAACUGUUCAUCACAGAGGGAGAUAUGAAAGAUGUCAAUCAGGAACACGAGUUUCUGAAAAAUUAUCAUGCUCUAAAGACCCAGAAAUCACAGGACAGACCAAUCAACUGCAAUGAUAUAUUUACAUUAUUAAGGAGAAAAAAUGAGAAAAAGAUUGUGUUGACUAAGGGCAUUGCUGGCAUUGGAAAAACUGUGUCUGUUCAUAAGUUCAUCAUGGACUGGGCAGAAGGAAAAGCCAAUCAGGAUAUAGACUGUGUGUUCAUGCUUCCAUUCCGAGAGAUUAACAGCAUUAAAGACAGAGAGGUCAAUCUUCAUGAGUUCUUACAAGUAUUUUAUAAAGAAUUGAAGGACCUGGCGAAAUCAAAGUUAUAUACGGAAUCUAAACUUGCAUUUAUAUUUGAUGGACUUGAUGAGAGUCGACUGCCUUUGAAUUUUGAAAGCGGUAUAUUGAACAGUGUUCAGGAAAGAUCAUCUGUAGAUGUGCUGUUUACGAGUCUGGUCAAAGGGAAUCUGCUUCCAUCAGCUCUUGUCUGGGUGACAUCACGCCCAGCAGCAGCCAAUCAGAUCCCUCCUCGGUAUGUAGGUUUGUUCACAGAGGUGCGAGGAUUCACUGACCAACAGAAGGAGGAGUACUUCAGAAAGAGAAUCACAGAUGAGACUCAAGCCUCCAGAAUCAUCUCACACAUUAAGACGUCUCGUAGUCUCUACAUCAUGUGCCACAUUCCUGUGUUCUGCUGGAUCACAGCCACAGUACUUCAGAAUAUUCCCAUUGAGAACAAUACAGAGAACAUCAGCACAACCCUCACUGAAAUGUACAUUCACUUCCUGCUGAUACAGAUGAACAUGAAAAAUCAGAAGUAUGAUGAACAAGAAGAAAGACAACGUACAAAGCACUUACAAUUAAAUAGAGAAAUUAUUUUGAAUUUAGCCAAGCUGGCGUUUGAACAGCUGAUGGAGGAACACAUUGUGUUCUAUGAGGAAGAUCUGGAAAAAUGUGGUAUUGAGGUGAAUGUAGACACUGAGUUCACAGGAAUGAUUGCUGAGAUCUUUAAGAAGGAAAAUGGACUUCAUGAGAUAAAGGUUUUCUGCUUUGUGCAUCUGAGUGUUCAAGAGUUCCUCGCUGCAGUGCAUGUUAUCAUCUGUUACAUGAACAAGAACAUGCAGGAGCUUCAGUUUUUCUUUGAUGAGCCAAAACAAAAUGUCACUUUGCAGGAGCUACUACAGAAGGCUGUUGAUAAAGCCAUGAAGAAUCAGAGAGGACAUCUGGACCUGUUCCUACGGUUUCUGAUGGGCAUUUCACUGAAAUCUAACCAAACCCUGCUCAAAGGCCUGAUCACCCACACUGAAGACACCACAGAAAGCAUUACACAAACAGCUGAAUACAUUAAAGGAGUCCAAAAUGAAUACAGUAUCUCAGAUGAAACUUCAGUCAACCUAUUUUUCUGUUUACUUGAGCUCAAGGAUCAUUCGUUAUAUGAGGAAAUCCAGAGUUACCUUAAUUCAGAUGAACAUCCAGGAAGAAAACUCUCAUCUUCAAUGUGCACAGUGCUGACCUACAUACUGCUGAUGUCAGAGAAGGUGCUGGAUGAGUUCAACCCAAAGAGGUUCACAUCAUCACCAGCAGACUACGAGAGACUCAUUCCAGCUGUGAGAUGCUGCAGAAAAGCCCUAUUUGACAGCUGUGGUCUUGAUGAAACAUGCUGUGAAACGGUGUCUUCUGCUCUACAAUCAUCAAACUCUCAUCUGACUGAGCUGGACCUGAGUAACAAUCACCUGCAGGAUUCAGGAGUGAAGCUGCUUUAUGAAGGACUGAAGAGUUCACACUGUCAACUGAACAUACUGAGGCUGUGUGGAUGUAAUCUCACUGAUCAAUCCUGUGGAAGUUUAUCUUUAUCCUCAAACUCUUUCCUGAGACAGCUGGACCUGAGUAACAAUAACCUGCAGGAUCCUGGAGUGAAGCUGCUAUCUGAUGGACUGAAGAGUCCAGACUGUCAGCUGGGGAUACUGACAUUUUCCAUUUGUAAUCUCACUGCUCACUCUUGUGAGAGUUUGUCAUCAGUUUUACAAUCAUCAAACUCCAUCCUGAGAGAACUGGACCUGAGUAACAAUGACCUGGAGGAUUCAGGAGUGAAGCUGCUUUCUGAAGGACUGAAGAGUCCAAACUGUCAGCUGGAGAUACUGAGGUUGUCUGGCUGUAUGGUGACAGAGGAAGGCUGUGGUUAUGUGUCUUCAGCGCUGAAUUCCAACCCCUCACAUCUGAAAGAGCUGGAUCUGAGCUACAAUCACCCAGGAGAUUCAGGAGUCAAGCUGCUCUCUGAAAAACUGGAGGAUCGAAACUGCAAACUGGACAAACUCAAUGUGGAUCAUGGCGGAGAAUCCAGGAUUACAGCAGGACUAAAGAAAUAUGACUGUGAUCUCACACUGGAUCCAAACACAGCAAACACUCAACUCAUUCUGUCUGAGGAGAACAGAAUGGUGACAUGUUUGGACAAGAAACAGCCGUAUCCUGAUCAUCCAGACAGAUUUAAUGUUUAUCCUCAGGUGUUGUGUAGAGAGAGUGUGUGUGGACGCUGUUACUGGGAGAUUGAAUGGAGUGGAGAUGAUGGUGUGUAUUUAUCAGUGUCAUAUAAGAGCACCAGCAGGAAGGGAGAGGGUGAUGAGUGUUGGUUUGAAUGUAAUGAUCAUUCCUGGAGUUUGAUCUGCUGUCCUGGGAGAUACUCAUUCACACACAAUAAGAUAGUGACUUGUCUCCCUGUAGAGCCUAUCAUCGGCAGUAGAAUAGGAGUGUAUGUGGAUCACAGUGCAGGAACUCUGUCCUUCUACAGAGUCUCUGACACAGUAAGCCUCAUUCACACAGUCCAGACCACAUUCACUCAACCGCUCUAUCCUGGGUUUAAGGUUUAUUAUAAAUCAUCAGUGAAGCUGUGUUGAUUAAUCAGAAUAGAUUGAUGAGAGAUUCUACCCAUAAUGCUUUGAGCUGCAUAAUA